AGUUGUCAAUUAGCAGAGGAAAAGGUGUUGGUGGAAAGGGAAGGGGUGGAGUAGUUUUGAGGUUUAGGAAUAAAUAAUUUAAUACGUAUGGAGUUUACGGAGGAAGGUGAACAGGGGAAAUUUUUUGGACCCUUAUCUUUCACAGAAGUGGACUUAGAACACUACAUUCAUACUUUAGAUGUGGAUGAGUUAUUGCCAUGUAUCCUGUGUGAGGAUAAAUUUGUUCUACCAAGUAAAAACAAAGAAUUUAUAGAACACUUAUAUGAUUGUCACAGAUUACUCAUAUCUGAUCUGCACCACAUUGUGGAUUUGAAAAGUUACUUCAGAUACUGGAAAGACCGAUUUGCAUCUCUGCCUGUAACUGAUGUGUGUCAUGUGAUAGAACAACAGUUUUCAUCUCACGGUUCUUAUGUAUUGGGAGCAUUUGUAGAGGAGGACAAAGCCUUGAGAGAGAAACUACAGCGUAAGCGGUUGGAAGCAGUUUUGGCAUGCCAAGACAGAGAAAGGCAAGAUAAAACAUUUUCAAGAGAAUGUUUAUUAUGUAAAACGCAUCUGACUGGCACAAGAGCAAAUUACUUUAAUCACCUGGCCGUCAUUCAUAAUUUAAAAAUUGGACAUCCUGACAAUUUAGUAUUCACGGAUGAAUUAAUUGACAAAUUGCAAAAAACGUUAGAGAGGCUGCAGUGCUUAUAUUGUGAAAAGUAUUUUAAAAAACGUGAAUCAUUAAAGGAGCAUAUGCGCAAAAAGCAACACAAAAGCAUAAAUCCAGACAAUAAGUGCUAUGACAAAUUUUACGUUGUAAAUUACUUGGAACUUGGCAGGAAUUGGCGCGACAUACAGGCAGAAAAAGAUUCCUCCAGUAGUUACAGUGAGAGUGACAGUGAAGAAGAAAAAAUAGAAACUGAAAAGAUGGCUUCUGGAAUGCCAUUUGAUGCAAGUGGUACUGUUACAUGCCUGUUUUGCAAUGAAAUAAGUGCAUCAUUUGAAGAUGCCUUAGAACAUAUGGAUUCAGCUCAUGAAUUUGAUUACAGUCAGAUUGUUGAAGACAACCACUUAUCAUUUUAUGAACAGGUAAAACUUGUCAACUACAUCAGACAUCAGAUGUAUGCCCUAAUAUGUAUGAAUUGCCAUAAACUCUUUCAAGAUCGUGGAGAUCUGUUAAACCAUAUGACCAAAGAAAGACAUUUUAUGCUUCCAAGGAAAGAAGUGUGGAACCAACCAGAGUAUUAUUUCCCAACCUACGAAAAUGACAAUUUCCUCUGCAAUCUCGAUGCUGAUGAAGGUAUUACUAAGAAAAUGAAAACGUGUUCUACUCAUGACUGAACUGGAGGAUCCAAAAGAGGAUGCAUGCCAUUCCAGACACAUUCUUCACCUCACUCAAUAGUGGAAAAAUUGUUUGGGUUUCAUUUGUGUCUAUGCCUUGGGAGUUUUUUUAGCAUGUUUUUUUUAAAUAUUUUUUAUACUUUUUGUAAUAGUGAUGAAAUAUGUUCCAAGUAUCACUUACUUUUUAACUGCAGUACAUAGAAACCUUGUGAAAAAAAUCAUUGUUAUAUAACAAGCAUCCCUUUGUAAUGUAUUUAGAUAUAAGGCCAUUAGCUAUCUCAUGAGUUGAUUUCACAAAUUUUAAUUUUUCAACAGAGUAUGAAGUUAAUACAAACAAGACGUGUUUUGUAAUUCACAUGGUAUAAAUUAUUUAAAUGUUUCAGAGUUAUUUUAGUUUCAUGCACUUUACCAUUCUUUUUUGUAUAUUUUAAUAAGCUACUAGCAUUCCAUCCUCUGUGAAACUGUAUCAAGGAAAGAAAGAAAAAGAAACAAUGGAUUUUAGACAUAUCCUUUCAUCUUGGAACAUGAUCUUUCAGUCUGCAUGUGGGACCAUAUGGGCACAUGGCAACUGAAAGGAAAAUCUUAUCCUAUGGCGGAAACAGAUGAACUGGAUUAAGACUUUCGAAAGCUUUUCUUUUUUUGUAGGGGUGUUUGAUAUUGAAAGUGUUCUAUCCAGUAUUCUGAAGACUAUGAGAAAGGUUUUUACAACAUAAAAAUACUUUAGGACUAAUGGAGAUCAUGCACCAAUAAGCAGAAGUGCUGAGUUGUCAGUAGGCACACGCAAAAGGAAGAGAACUUGUAGAUUUGCUUUCAGAGUUACCCUUUGACAACAGGAGACACACACACACACACACACACACACACACACACACACACACACACACACCUCCCUAUACCCCUAAGUGGUACCAGCUAGACUGACAGUCCCAAUGCUGUUUUGUGGGAGGUGGACUGGUCUGUGUGGGGUUAUUGUCGGGUGGGGUGGCUAGAGGGAAAGAGUAACCCUCUCCCUCUAUUCACCCCACCCCACCCACUUCUGCAUCUUAGUGAGUGAUCUCCUUUAAUCCUAAAGUAUUCAAAUUCUACAAAAACUUUCCUACCAAAUUUUUACAGUGUGUGCAAUUUAAUCUCUCUUUCAUAAGAGUGUCUCAAAAUACAAUACAUUUUGUAUUUGCUAGACACUGUUGUACCUGUGGCAAUUGGUCUAGAACAUAAGUAAUGAAAUUAUCACUGAGAUGACAUGGGGCUGAAAACAGCCAGCAAAAAAAGAAAAAAAAAUCCUACCCUAUGACGGAAAUAGUUGAAUUCAAUUCAGAUUUUUGAAAG